UCUUGAAAAAAAAAAAAAAGAAAGAAAGAAAGAAAGAAAGAACUGCUCUUCUCAUGCGUGGCAGGGAAACCCGGGGGUGGCUCUACUGUGACUCUCCUCCACCGCUUCUCCAUCCUGAUCUGCUUCCCCAGAGCGAUCUUUAUGGGCCACAUCAUGGGCUCCGGAUCCCUCCAGCUUCGGGGAAGUUUCAGAGCUUGGAGGAGCUAGCAGGUGAGCAGAGGGAAGGAGGAACGGGAGAUGGAGACUUACUUCCAGCUUCCUCCCUGCUGAGCCACGCGUUGAAGAAGGCUGCACUGCUCCACUGAAGGGGCUCCUAUCCGGAGCCUCUCGCUCCUUCUGCCGCUCUUCCUUUCUGUUUCGGGUCUGUGCUCCCUCUCUUUGCCUCUCCCAGCAGGGCAGGGCAGAGUUCUCCAUUACUGCUAGCCCCAGGGUUGCUUCACCAGCCCUUGGUGGUUUCCCUUAACCCUGCCUGUGCCUCUGUAAAUGGUUCCUUCACUAAACUCCCCACAAUUCCUCUUUGAGGCACCACAUGUUUCUUAGUGGCCUCCUAUUGAUAUACACUGAAGGGUUGAGUGACUUUCCCAGGGUCACACAAAGAAUGACAACACAAUGGAGACGACUCUAACACAAAAAAGGGUGGUGUUCGUCUUGGUUUUGCCAGGCUGCCCAGCGCACCCCCCCGGCCCCCCCAGAAUCCUCGGCCCUGCCCAACCAGAGGAAUCUGUGAUCCCUUUGUUGGGUGGGAUUGAAUUCCCUAGAGCUCCCUUCCCAGACCUGGCCAGCAACUCCAGUAACCAGAGCUGUGUGAGAAGAGAAGGCCAGGCCACUGGGGUAAUCAGCCACACCCUGAACAGAGGUGAGGUCUCGGCCUUCAGCCCCAUCCCAGGAGCUUUCCAGGACUCAGCUCUCAGUCCCGCCCAGGAAGAACCUGAUGAUCUAGACUGCGGUCGCCCCGAGCCCUCUGCCCGAAUCGUGGGGGGCUCAGACGCGCCGCCAGGCCGCUGGCCGUGGCAGGUGAGCCUGCAGCAGCGUGGGGGCCACGUCUGCGGGGGCUCCCUCGUCGCCCCGUCCUGGGUGCUCUCCGCGGCUCACUGCUUCCUGACGAACGGGACCUUGGAGCCCGCGGCCGAGUGGUCGGUGCUGCUGGGCGCGCACUCCCAGGACGGGCCCCUGGACGGCGCGCACGUCCGCGCGGUGGCCGCCAUCCUGGUGCCGGACAACUUCACCCGCGUGGACCUGGGCGCAGACCUGGCCCUGCUGCGCCUGGCCUCGCCCGCCCGGCUGGGCCCCGCCGUCCGGCCCGUCUGCCUGCCGCGCGCCUCGCACCGCUUCGCCCACGGCGCGGCCUGCUGGGCCACCGGCUGGGGGGACAUUCAGGAAGACGACCGCCUGCCUCUCCCAUGGGUGCUACAGGAAGUGGAGCUGAGGCUGCUGGGAGGGGCCGCCUGUCAGUGUCUCUACAGCCGGCCCGGCCCCUUCAACCUCACUUUCCAGCUUUUGCCAGGGAUGCUGUGUGCUGGCUAUCCAGAGGGCCGCAGGGACACCUGCCAGGGAGACUCUGGGGGUCCGCUGGUCUGUGAGGAAGGCGGCCGAUGGUUCCAGGCGGGAAUCACCAGCUUUGGCUUUGGCUGUGGACGAAGGAACCGUCCUGGAGUCUUCACCGCUGUGGCUCCCUACGAGGCCUGGAUACGGGAACGGGUCAUGGGCUCCGAGCCUGGGCCCGCUUUUCCCAGCCGUUCCGGGGAGCCCCAGUCGGGUCCGCGGGAGCCCAGGGAAGGGAACUGCACCAUCGCCCUGCCAGAGUGCGGCAAGGCCCCAAGGCCAGGGGCCUGGCCCUGGGAGGCCCAGGUGAUGGUGCCGGGAUCCAGACCCUGCCGUGGGGCGCUGGUGUCCGAGAGCUGGGUCUUGGCACCCGCCAGCUGCUUUCUGGACCCCGCCCGCCCCGACGGCGCGCCCGGCGGCCCGGACAGCUGGCGCGUGCUGCUGCCCUCGCGUCCGCGCGCCGAGCGGGUGGCGCGCCUCGUGCCGCACGACAACGCCUCGUGGGACGCCGCGGCCGACCUGGCGCUACUGCGGCUGCGCGCGCCCGUGGACCUCCGCGCGGCCCCGCGGCCGGUGUGCCUCCCGCGCCCAGACCACUACUUCCUGCCCGGGAGCCGCUGCCGCCUGGCCCUCUGGGGUCGCGGGGAGCCCGCGGCCGGCCCCCACGCCCCGCUCGAGGCCGAGCUGUCGAGCGGCUGGUGGUGUCACUGCCUGUACGGCCGCCAGGGGGCGCCGGUGCCGCCGCCGGGAGACCCGCCGCGCGCGCUGUGCCCCGCCUACCAGGAGGAGGAGGAGGUGGGCCGCUGCUGGAACGACUCGCGCUGGAGCCUUCUGUGUCAGGAGGAGGGGACCUGGUUCCUGGCCGGAAUCGGCCCCCUCUCCAGUGGCUGCCUACGUCCCAGAGCCUUCUACCCGCUGCAGACCCACGGCCCUUGGAUCAGCCAUGUGACUCAGGGAGCCUACCUCGAAGACCAGCUGACCUGGGACUGGGGCCCUGAGGGGGAGGAGACUGAGACACAGACGUGUCCCCCCACCACAGAACACGGGGCCUGUGGCCUGAGACCAGAGCCCGCUGGGAUGGGGGUCCUGUGGCCCUGGCUGGCAGAGGUGCACGUAGCUGGAGGUCGAGUCUGCACGGGGAUCCUCGUGGCCCCAGGCUGGGUCCUGGCAGCCACUCACUGUGUCCUCAGGCCAGGCUCUACAACCGUCCCUUAUAUUGAAGUACACCUGGGCCGGGCAGGGGCCACCCCCCUCCCACAGGGCCACCAGGUAUCCCGGUUGGUCAUCAGCAUCCGCCUGCCCCGGCACCUGGGACUUCGGCCCCCCUUGGCCCUCCUGGAGCUGAGCUCCCGGGUGGAGCCCUCCCCAUCAGCCUUGCCCAUCUGCCUUCACCCAGGGGGUGUCCCCCUGGGGGCCAGCUGUUGGGUCCUGGGCUGGAAGAGCUCCCGGGACCGAGUCCCUGUGGCUGCAGCUGUCUCCAUCUUGAUGCCUCGACUCUGUCACUGUCUCUAUCAGGGCGUUCUGCCCUCUGGGACUCUCUGUGUUCUGUACUCAGAAGGUCAGGAGGACACAUGUGAGGUGACCUCAGCACCUCCACUCCUGUGCCAGACCGAGGAGGGCUCCUGGGUCCUCGUGGGCGUGGCUGUGCGAGGGAGCCGGGAGCUGUUUGCUGCCAUCGCCCCUGAAGAGGCCUGGAUCUCCCAGACAGUGGAGGAGGCCCAUUUUCUGCCUCCCAGUGGCUACCCCUACUGGACCCCAGAAGGCAGCGAUCUCUGUCCCCCCGACAUGGCCAGGGCCUCAGGCUCCCCUCAGGCUGCUCUGUUCCUGCUGCUACUAACGCCCCUGAUCCGGGGCUGAGGGAGCCGGGGUCUCUGGCUCAACCUUCCCUACCCCCCCACUCCCUCCUGCCUUGCACUUCCCGCCCAGCAGGGCUGGAAUGUGGCCCAACCGGCUUUGUUCCCUGCCGGAACCUCCGGAGCGCCUCACCCACCUGGGCUGCAGCGGCUUUGGACAAUUGGGUCCCAGUGCCCGGCUAUUUCGGGCACGGGAAUCCUUGGGGGCAGCGGGAAGCGGAUAAUAAAGGUGUAAACACAGA